GAUGCUGUUUUGCAAAAAGGUCCCGCAAGUUCUCGCACAAGUUCUCUCACAAUAUCAAAAGUAGCGAUUCAAGAAAACUAUAAUGAAUUAUCUAGUAGUGACGAUAAUAAAAAUGAUCAUAGUAGUGAUAGCAAUUAUGAGGAAGAUUAA